CUAGUGAAGGGAACUCAAACUAGACGCAAAUACAAAAAGUGAAAAAGAAAAAUAUUAAAGAAACCAAUUCACUGUCGUCACCAUCACCACCUCGUCACAGGAAAUCUGCUAGUUUAAGUUUUAGUUUUUUUUCUCGCUCUCACCCAAAUAAUCUCGGUUGGAUAAAAAUUAUUUAUUUUCGGUUUAAAGAAAAAUUAUGGAAAAAGGGUAGCUAAUUGAAAAGAAAAUUCGGAUGCAUUUGUUUCCGACUCCGAGAAUGCAUUCCAGAGUAAUGAUAUUAUUAUUUUUGAAAACAAGUAAGAAACAAAAAGAAGGCUUUUAAAAUUCAACCAUAAAUUUGUUGGGGGAAAAAUAAAGAACAGUGAGAGACCGUCGCAUAUAUAAAUAGGAUAUAAUGGAGUGUUGUUCUUAAUGUGAGAUGCGGGAAGGUUAAAAAAUAAAAAUUUACGAGAACGAUGAGACCAAUUCGCGUACCUUAGUAUAUUUGUUUUUGUCAAAUUAACAAACAUUAAAAGUUUUUAUUUCUUCGGUUAUCCAAACAAACUAAAUAUCCUGUGAACAAACUGUGGUGUUAUCAUUCCAUAGAUAGUUUAACUAGUUGAAAUUAUGAAAAUGGUCGCUCUCCAGGGGAUGGGUGGGAAAGUUGAUACCGACAUGUUUAGUUAAUUUAGCGAAUUUAGUCUCAGUAUCUAUGACAAAAAAGAGUUUUUCUUUUAAAUUUGUGUGCAUGGUGCAUGGACAUUCAGAAGUUGAUUUUUAUUUCUUUAAAAAAAUAAACUGCGACGAUAAAAACAAGCAAUAACCACAAUAAGGAAAGGAAUGUUUUAAAUGAAAAAAAAAUAAAAAUUGAGUACAAUAUAUUAUGUAUGUAUAAGAGAAGCAUAAAUAAUUUUGUUGUUGCUUUUUAUUCGUGUGUAUAAGAAGAAGAGUUGAAUAAAAAAAGAGGAAUUAGUACAAAAAUAUAACUCUAAAACGUAUUGUGACUGUGAAAAAAUUGCAAAGAAAAAAUAAAUGAAAGAAUAAAUUCAGUUUAACUUUUAUUAUUAACAAAGCUGCCGAAAUAUAUAUAUAUAUAUAUAAAAAAAGUAAACGAGGUUAGAAAAAGUAUCAUUCUUCAACGACUACAACAAACAUCCAAGUAUCCCAGUGCACCAUACCAGAUCAGUGUGAAAAAAUCAAAAUUAAAAACAGCUAUAUGAAUAAUCAAUUCAACUGAUGUUGAUAUAAUAUCCAAAUGUGCAUAUAUAUCUUAACAAAAUGUGAUUCCUUUGUACUGCAAUACUUAGUCCUAUUGUAUAUUCAAGUAUUUAUUAAUUUUAAACGUAAAAUAAAAGCUUCAACUGAUGAGAACUACACCAAAAAAUAUAAACAAAUUUCAAAAAUGAUAUCAAAAACCAUACAAAUUAAAUAAACAAAAGUAAAUAAAAAUUAAUAACUAAACAAAAUUAAGUGUGAAAAUAUAAUAUUAAUAAUAAAAAUAAUUAUAAUAAUAAUAAUAGUAGUCAUAAUAAUAAUAAUAAUAGCAAUAAUAAUAAUAAUAAUAAAAAGAAAACCAAAAAUCCUAAUAAUUAUUAACACAUCUAACAAUUUAAUAUAAUAAUAUAAAAUUUGAAACCUAUGACAUUUAUUAUCACUUAAUUACUGUAAUACAAACAAAAAAAAACAAAGUGAUAGCCACAUAUUUUUAAAAACAUGUUUCAAUUUUAAGGUACAGAGUUCUCGAUCAUUCAAAUAAAAAUAAAAUAAAUCUGAUUCACGAAAGCCAUUUAAAGUUAAAAUUAAAUAAAACAAAAUUAAUAGUUGUGAUAACGAUAUCAAUAAUUCUGAGUGCUUAAAUAAUUUAUAAGCUAAUAAUAUUAAACCAAAAUACAAAAAGCCAGAUAAUAUAAAACUUAAAAUACCACGAUUAAUUAAAAAAAUAUAAAAUUAUUGUUACAUAUAUACAAAAACAAACUUACCACAUGUUUUUUUUCUAAAUUCUGCGCAAGCUUAUACAAAAGUAACAAUACUGAUAGUGAUAAAAUAGGUGGUCCAGCAACAAAUUUAGAAAAUAGAAGCUUGAGCAAAAGAAGCAAAACUUUUGAACAUAGUGUAAAGUGAAUUAAAAGUUAAAACAUUUUUAAAAUUUAAGACUUAACACACAAUAAUUAUAAAUAAAAACAAAAAUAAUUUAUAUAAUAUAUAUACAUAUAUAUAUAUUUAUAUGCAUAGAUUUAAGCAUAAACCAGACAGUUAUAAGAUGCAGCUUUAAACUUAAAAACAAAACAGAAACCUUUAUGUGUUUAAUUUUAUUAUUGAAAAAAACAAAACAAAACGAAAACAAGAAUACAUAUAGUAUUAAAUUUUAGUUCAGUUAGAUAUUUCUACACAAGUGAUUACCUUAGCCAAUGGAAAAUAUAAUAUAAUUAUUAUAAAUAAUAAUACAAUUUUAUCUUGAUAUUCAUUAUUUUAUAUAUAUGAAAAUAUAUAUUAAAACAAACAAAAAAACAUUUAUCGAAAAAAGAAAUAAUGGCUUUUUCGUAAUCAAAAAGUGUGAGUGUUUUGGAUGUGUUAUUACGUGUGUUGUAACAAAAGACUAUAUUGAACGAACAAAUUUCUUAAAGACUUAAUACAUAUUAAACAAAAUAAAUAAUUGUUAUACGCUUAAAUUCGUUGUGAAAAAAAGAUACAAAUAAAAAAAAAAGAAAACCAUUUCAAUGAUAUUAGUCGUAGAUUAGAAUUGAAAACAUUGGGUAAAUCUUAAAAUACCUUCAUUAUUGAAAAACAAAAACCACUUUAUACACUUAAAAAAACUUAGUAUAUUUAAGACUAUUUAGAUAAAAUUGAAAUAAAAAUGCGUUUUCGAAUGAAACAAAAGCAAAAGUAAUGAACAAAACUGUCACAGAAGUGGAAAUAACAGCAAUCUCAAAUAAUAAAUCAAGCUAGAUUUUAGGUCACGAAAACCAUCAACUUUUAUUGACCACAACUGUCAUAUUGAAUCCUAAUGGAAACAAUUGUUAGCAUUUAAAAAUUGCAGUUUGUAAAAUUGCAAAAACACGUAAAGGAGCAAAACUUGUAGAGUUAUUAAAACAAAAAUACUUUCAAAAUUGUUUACAAAACAUAAACCUGAAGAGAAACAAGUAUAUCAACUUAUUUUCCAUGGAUUUUAAUUGAUUCCGUACGGACUUGGCCGAAAUUUGCACAAUGUUAGCUGCUAAUUUACCAGUAUGCCAAUAUGCUGGAAUGCAGCCAGGACAAAAUAAUAACAAUAACAGUAACACUGGUAAUGGAAGCAAUAGCGGUGCUGCUGGUGGUGGACUUGUAGGUGGUGGAACAUCUGCUGCAGCUGCUAAAAACCAACUCGAACAGUUGAACACAAUGCGUGAGGCUUUGUUUUCCCAAGAUGGCUGGGGUUGCCAACAUGUUAAUCAAGAUACAAAUUGGGAAGUUCCCAGCUCACCAGAACCAACAAACAAAGACCCAUCGGCCGGACCACCCAUAUGGAAACCAAAUAUUAAUAAUGGCACCGAUUUGUGGGAAUCUAAUUUACGAAAUGGUGGUCAACCACCACCACAACCAGUACAAAAAACUCCAUGGGGUCACACCCCUUCGACAAAUUUAGGUGGCACGUGGGGUGAAGAUGAUGAUGGCACCGAUACUAGUAAUGUUUGGACUGGUGCACCAGCAAACCAGGCCGGCCCACAAUGGGGUCAAACGAGUGGGGGCCCUGGGACCGGAGGCAGCAGUAAUACUGGAGCUACUACUACAAAUGCAUGGGGUGAUCCACGUGAUAUGAGACCUUGCCCCAUUGAUAUCCGCAAUGUUGAUCCAAGGGAACUACGCACACCUAAUACGGACCCACGUGAUAUGAGGGGAAUGAUUGACCCCCGCGAUCCCAUACGCGGUGAUCCACGAGGAAUAUCGGGCCGCCUAAAUGGCACAUCAGAAAUGUGGGGGCAACACCAUCCAAUUCCACCACAUGGGCAAAUACCACUUAACAAAAUGGUGGCAACAGCUUCAGCGGCUGUGCAACCUGUUGCGACUGGAGCCAGCACAAAUACCCAAUGGGGAUCAGCACAAUCAGUAGUAGGACCGAAGGAUAUGACAGCUGUAAUGGGAAGCGGUGCCGGCAAUACAGGUAUAGCAAGCAGCCAAGGUGGCGGGAAACAACCGACCGGAUGGGAAGAACCAUCGCCUCCUCCGCAACGACGAAAUAUACCAAAUUAUGACGAUGGUACGUCUUUGUGGGGACAACAAUCUCGCGUACCUGGUGGUGGCUCUCACUGGAAGGAUAUGUCCGAUCCAAUGUCACGAAACCAUCUCAUUCGCGGAGCUAUUGGCAACCCGAAUGUAGUUGGUGGUAACGGAGGUGGAAGUAAUGCGGGUGUCAAUAACUCUGUGGGUGUUGGUGGCCCAGUAAGUGGUAAUCCUGGUAGCACUAAUUCAGCACCCAUGAACAGCGGUGGUGGUCCACCAGGUCGACUUGGUGGAGUUCCAGCAGUAGGUCCACAAUUGAAACCUGACAGCACAAUGUGGGUGCAUCCAGCAGCGGCGGCUGCGGCUGCAGCAGCUGCAGCAGCAGCCGCAGUGGCUGCCAAUACUCCUCGAAACAAUGGGGCUUGGGGUGACGAUCAUAACACAGGUUCCGGUCCUAAUUGGGGCGAUGACAAAGCUCCUGGUAUGGCCAACUUAAGUGGUGCCGGUGGUGGAUCAUGGAAUGAUAGCACAGCCGCAGCAGCUUGGAACAAAAAUCAAAACAAAAUCUCAGUCGCCGGCGGUGGUGUGGGCCAAGGCGGAUGGGGUGAUUCGAAUGACAUUGGAAAUGAAUGGGGCGCCCAUAACAUUGCCAAACCACAAGCUAAACUCGUCGGGCUAAAUAGCGAUAUGAUCAAAUCGAGCAAGCAAUAUCGAAUGUUGGUUGAGACGGGCUUCAAAAAAGAAGACGUUGAACGUGCACUAAUAGCAACGAAUCUUAAUGUCGAAGAAGCUGCUGAAAUUCUAAACUCUCGUGCUAAUGCAAUAGAAUCAUGGCGAAGACAUGAUGAAUCAAUGGCACUUGGUGGCUUUGAUCAUUCCAAUUCGGGUGGCUUCCCAGGACGCUUUCCUUCAGCUAAUCCACAACCGUCAAUGCCAUUCCCACCUGUCAGGAAUACUAAUAUACUAAGCAAUAUGGGAGGAAAUAACGUCGGGGGUAAUCCAAAUUUAGCAGCUCUCAACAACAUUCAACCACUGCAGGUUCAAAAAUACUUAAACCAAAGUGGGCCGCAUAAUGUAGCUGGACCACAAUCGACAGCUGUGGCUGCUUUUGGUUCAAAUGCUGCAGCAGCAGCUGCUGCUGCCGCCGCAGCUUCACAUAAUUCGGGCCAACCAACAGCUCAGCAAUUACGUAUGCUUGUACAGCAAAUUCAACUUGCUGUUCAAAGUGGUUACUUGUCGAGCCAAAUAUUAAAUCAACCCCUUGCACCGGCAACUUUAGUAUUAUUGAAUCAAUUACUAAGCAAUAUUAAGCAUCUCCAAGGAGCUCAAGCGUCCUUAGGUCGAGGCAAUAAUGCAAGUAACAUGCAAAUAAAUGUAACAGUUGCAAAAUAUAAGCAACAAAUAUCAAAUCUUCAAAGCCAAAUUAAUGCACAGCAAGCAGUUUAUGUUAAACAACAGCAGCCUCAACAACAAUCACAACAACAACCACAUCCAGCUGCUACUCAUGUUACAGGUGCAAAUGUAGAAUAUCUUAGAGGACAACAUGAUGCCAUAAGUGCUCUUCAAGGAAAUUUUUCAGAAAUGAAUUUAAACAAACCUGGAGGAUAUCAAGGUGCUCCUAACCAACAGUCCAGAUUAAAUCAAUGGAAGCUUCCAGUAUUAGAAAAAGAUGUCCCAUCUGAAAGUACUGAUUUUUCACGUGCACCAGGUGCUACAGCUAAACCGAGUAUUUCGUCAUCAGCUGCAAAUAAUAUGGGAUCCCUUGGAUUACAAGGAGAUGGAACCUGGUCAACGGGACGGAAUAUUGGCGAUGGAUGGCCUGAUUCAACAAAUGAUAAUGAGAAUAAAGACUGGCCAGUUGCUCAACCUUCAGCUGCAACUGCUUUUACUGAUUUAGUUCCAGAGUUUGAACCCGGAAAGCCGUGGAAGGGCUCGCAAAUCAAGAGUAUAGAAGAUGACCCAAGUAUAACUCCUGGUAGUGUAGCUAGAUCUCCAUUGUCUAUUAAUCCGACGCCAAAAGAAGCUGAUAUUUUUGCAAAUACAAGCAAAAAUUCUCCGACUGAUUUACCACCAUUAAGUUUAACAUCAUCAACAUGGAGUUUUAAUCCUUCAACUAGUAAUCAAAAUUUUCCAAGUUGGUCAGAUAAUGUUUCACAGCAAUCAGAAUUAUGGCCUAUGAAUAAAUCUUCUCGUGGUCCACCGCCAGGCUUAGGUACAAAUAAAACUAGUGGAGGUGUUAAUGUAUCUGUUGCCUCUGUAACUAAUCCAUCCGCUGUAACUGGUAGCUCAAAUGGUUGGAUAGGAAGUGGUUUAGGUGGCCGUGUUCCAAGUUCUAAUUCAAAUUGGACAACUACAAAUUCCAGUUGGAAUUCAAAUUGGCUGCUAUUAAAAAAUUUAACAACUCAAAUCGAUGGUUCGACACUACGUACCUUGUGCAUGCAACAUGGUCCUCUUAUAAAUUUCCAUUUGUAUUUGAAUCAAGGAAUUGCCUUAUGUAAAUAUGCAACUAGAGAAGAAGCAAACAAAGCACAAAUGACAUUAAAUAAUUGUGUUCUUGGCAAUACAACAAUAUGCGCCGAAUCACCAAACGAAACGGAAGUUCAGAGUAUUUUACAACAUUUACCGCCAUCUGUUGGUCAAGCCAAUGUCCCAGUUAGUGGGGUAUCUGUGAGUGGUGGUGGUAGUAAUUCUGGCAAUGGUGGUGUUGUUGGAGGUGGCAACGGUGUAUCAUCGAAUGUUGCCAAUGUAGUUGGUGGUGUCAAUAAUUCUGGACCAAACGGGCCCGGAAAUAAUAAUAAUGGCAAUAAUUCUGGCGUUGGUGGUGGAAACGGCACUAAUAAUCCCCAAAACUCAGGAAAUAAUUCAGGUGGAGGUAGCAGCGGCGGUGUAGUGUCGAGCGGUGGAAAUGGUAGCAAUUCAGCAUGGCGACAACAAAAUCCACAAAAUCAAUCUAGGCCGACAGGAACCGAUGCUUGGGGCAAUGGAUCUGUAUGGCAGCAGACAGCUAAUACAUCAGCUAGUUUAUGGACACCAUUAGACGGAACGACUGAACGUGGAACACCGUCAAACUUGAAAUCAUACUUACCGGAAAAUCUUCUCGAGCUAAACUGAACCGCAUACAAUAACAAAAGACAUCGAAGAAAAUACAACAACUCUGGAGGAGGGGGGAGCGGAGCAGAAGAAUGAUAUUAAAAGGAAAUUUUGAUACUUUUCAAUAUAUAUAUUUUUUUCUUCCAACUGAUUUACAGUAAUAUCUUGACAGCAGAAUAUAUUCAUAGUAUUAAAUCGAUUUUUUUUUAAAUUUCCAACUUAUGUACUAACUUAAUGAUAAAAAAAAAUCAAAAUUAAUACAGCUUCCGUUUUCUUAAAGUUCUGCGAUGAGCCUUUUCGGUAGCUUAGUUAUUUUUGAGUAUGUGAUAGCAAUGACUUAUACAUGCUUUAAAUGAAGAUAGUUGGAAAAUUACUAUAAGUAUAUAUAUAUAUAUAUAUGCAUAUAUAUAUAUAUGUAUGCAUAUGUAUAAAUAUAUGUAUGCAUAUAUAUACAUAUUUUAUUUUGAAAAUGCUCUAUCUUGCCGUUUUGUGUUAUAUUAUUGCUCUUAUUAUCUUUUGCUAUCUGCGAAUUCAAAUUGUAUAAUAUUAUAUUUCAAUCCUUUUUUGAUUAUUUGUUUCAAAUGUUCUUUUAAAUUUAUUUGUUUUAAAUUUAUUGGUUUUAAAUUUAUUUGUUUUAAAUUUAUUGGUUUUAAAUUUAUUUGUUUUAAUUUUAUUUGUUUGUUUUAAUUUGCCUAUUCAAAAUUGUAUAUUUUUUAAUUUAAGAUUUGUUUUAUUUAUUAUGAUCAGUUAUUUAUUUUUCCAAUCAGCGCUUUUACAUUAUAUUAAGUUUGUUGUUAUAUUUUAUUUUGUUAUUAAAGUUCAAAUAGCUUGUAUAUCAAUAAAGCCACAUAGACGAAACUUAUUUACAAUCAUGUAAAAAAUUUUAAACUUACUAGCUUUUAAGUGGCCAAUUAUUUUUUUCCCAGUUCGGAUCGAUCAAACUAUCUCCUCAUUCUGAAAUCAAUGAUGAUAAAACUAGAAACCAAUACAAACAUUUUUAAGUUAACAAAUUCUACCUUUAAUUCUGUUUCAUCCGAUAUUAUUUGCACAAUCAAAACAUUAUCAAUUUAUGAUAGAGAAAUAAUUCUAAGAAUAAUAACUAAAGUGUUUUAUUAUUUUUAAAAUACACAUAUCAAUAAGUUUUUGUUUUGUAUUGCAUUUGGAAAAAUAAAUAAGUAAACAAAUAAAACAAAUGUUUAAUAAUAAAAAAAAUUCAUAAUGAAAAUGUCAAACUAGCUAACAAGCAAAUUUUACAAAAAUGUGAUGUAAUGAAAAAGUUUUACCUAAACAAUAUUCACGAUUAUUAUAAAAACGUGAUUUAAAACAUUAAAAUAUGGUUCUCAUUUUUGGGGUUUUAAUUUUAGAUCAUCAAAGCACAUGGUGAUAAAGAAUUAAAAUAUUACUGACAUUUGAAGACCAAUUUUUGUUCAAAUCGCUUUAAUUUAACUUUGUUUACUGAAUGAAUUUAACAUUUUUUUUACAUAAAUAAGGUCAAAGUUAUACUGUCAAACCACUGGACAUGUAUUUUAUUAAAUAUGUGAUCAAAUAAUCUUGGAAAAAAAAUGAACAAAUAAUUUAGUGCGUAUAAAUUGAGUUGCAUACUAAUAAAUUGGCGAAUCCAUUUAAAAAAAUCUAGGUUUUCCUUAAAAUUUAUUUUACAAACACAACAAAGGCAAGGUAGAAACAUUUUUGUAUAUUAAUAAGUUAAUGAGUAAAAAUUGUGAUACCACAAUAGGCAAACAUCUAUGAACGAAAACUUAAAAUAGAGUAACUAAAACAAAUAUUAUAAAAACUGUUUAAUUCAAAAAUUAUUGGAUUUUAUUUAAAAAAAAAAAAGCUUUUUUUAUUUAAAUAGAGAAAAGCAAUACAUUUUUUUAACACACAUACCAAAACAAAUACUUCGAAUUUUUAAAUUAUUUAAUUUCGAAUUUAAAAACCAUGACAGCUUUCUGCUGCUAUUACUGUAAAUUACAUUGAACAUGUUUUAAAUAUUUAUAAUUAUAUGAAUAAACAGUUAUUUUUUCAAAAAAGAAAGAAAGAAGUUCAUGAGCCAUGUGAAGAAAAAUUGAAAAUGAAAAAAAAAAAUGGAAUAAUGUUAAAGAACAAUAACAAAACAAAACGUGAGGUACAUUAUUUGUAUGUAUAGACUUACAUUUAUCAUAUUUACAUGCAAACACGACUGUAUAGCAUAUGUUUAUUAAUGUAAAUAUAAGUGUUUGUAUCCGAAUAAAGAUAACACACAAAAUUUUAUUUUAUUAAAAGAACAAAAAACUAUGAGAUUCUGCGGCAGUCAUUAAUUGCAAAGUAAAAAACAUAUACAUAAAUUAAUAUAAUUAAUAUAAAAACACAAGUGAACUAAAAAAUAAAACAAUUAAGGUAUAUAGAGAUAAAAUGUUGGUGCAAAAAGUAAUAUAUUUAAUGUGUAAUUAGUUUAUGUAAGCCUCUGAACUAAAGUCUAAUUAGAAAUAAGGAAAAUUAUAUUAUAAAUCAUAAAAAAUCAAACCACAGAACUAUUUUAUCACAAAAGGAAAAAAACAAGACAAAAAUUGAAACUUAACCAACCAAUCAACAAUAUUAUUGUGAAUGAACUCAACUACAAACUUAGAAAUUAAAUAUAUAUAUUUAUGUCUAUAUAUAUAUACACAUAUAUAUAAUAUAAUCAUUUAAUGACAAAAAAUUAAAAAAAAAAAAAUAUUGUAUCAACUACAAAAACUAUGACUUGUAAAACAAAACAAAAUAUUUGGUGUAAAAAAUACACAAAAGUUUUAUAUAUUUUAAAAUAAAAACACAAAUAAAAGUAAUUUAGAAAAUAUGACGAUAAAUAAGCAUAGAUAAGGAAAUAGAAAAGACCCUCCUAGAACUUCGUAAGAAAAAAAUUUAAUUAAAAUUAAAAUAAAAAAAAAAACUAAAAA